UUUCUCUCCCUGUGGACUCGAUCGUAUUCGGACCACAAACUCACCCGUUCCUCGAUUAUUAUCUCAUUUGCUAGCACUAGGUGCACACGUGUCGCUAGUAGGCUUUGGGGAUCCUUUAAGGAUUGUAAAAUACGGUGAAGCGGUCGAGAACGUGACACACCACGUGAUAAUCGACUACAAUAUUUGAUAAUUAAUUGGCGAUAGCCAUGACAACAACAACUGGAGACCCAUCAACACUCAAGACCCCUGCAUCUCUAUCAGGUGGAGAUCUAGUAUCCAGAUUACUCGCAGCAACACCACCAUAUUUGUACAACGUACCAUUGACACCACAUAGUUUUUUCUUCAGUGAGAUGCUUCGUUCUUUUGUACAAGCCAAGUCCGAGGCAGGAUCAUCGAUACCUGUACCAUCUCCAAGUAUUGGAAGACGUCGCAAGAGGUCAUGGAAGGAAGCACGAGAUCGGCCACUCGAAUUGACGACCAAAGAUAAACCUCAACAUCAAAUAAACUCUACAAGUAUCCAGGAAAAAUAUUUUCACAGUGAUAUCAGUGAAAAUCGAUAUAAAAGUGAAUCUUUUGAUGACGGCAAAAAUCCUACGACAAAUUUUGAUGAAAAGAAUGGUCACUUUGGGGCAGAAGUGUUGAAGUCUCUUGAUGAAAAUCGUACAGAUUUUUCGAAACACAGCCGACAUUUCUUCGACGACUCAUCACGCACUUUAGCAGAAGAGUCGAUAACUCAACAAGACAUUGAAAGAAAGAAUUACGAAGAGAGGAUAAAAGUUGGAUCAGAAGUGAAUUUCAUGAGUGAAUCAAAGAAUAAAAUUGAUUUUAGCACAAAAAAUAUUUUAUCUAGUGUUCCAACUAAGUUAGAAGAUGUACAAAGCAAGAAUUUUGGAAUUCCCAAUAGUCUUUCAGCAAAUCCUGAAUUUAUUCCAAAUCCUCUGUGGUAUCCACCUUAUCCCAUGCAUCAAUCGUAUCCUGGGAUUGAUCCACUGCAUUUUUUUAUCGACCUGAGAGUCUCAGGACACAUUUGGGAUCGGAAAAUAAAUGAAAGACAAUUACCUUUCAAGAGUAAACAUUGUUCAGCAUUCAGUGUUCCUCAGUCUAAAGAAUUUAACAAUCGACCACUUAAUUUAACGAGAGAUGAAGCAGGAAGCUCGAGAAAAAGUGAUGAAAAUGCACAAGGAACUAAUUUCAUUUUAAAAAAUCUUACUAAAACUUAUAAAGGUAUUGAAAAGAGCUUCAAAAAGGAACAGGAUAAUAAAGACGAAGAGAAGAAAAAUCAGGAAUGUGACAAAAGCACCAAAGAAGAUGAAAAAACUCCCUCUGAAUCAAAUAGUGUUAAUAAAAAUGAGAAAGACCUUCGAGCACUCAUCGGGUUGGAAUUAGUUGUCGAUUACGUGAAAGAACCCAAGGAAGAAUCGAUUGGUCAGCAAUCACCACAAAAUUUAGAACGAGAAUAAUCUUUUUACUUAACUAUCCAAUAAAUCUUAUUUGUGAUAUAUCUUUGUAAAUAACUAUUCUAUUAAUAUAAACAAUAAUGGCAUUAAAAUUAAGACAUUUUCGUUUUAUCAACUAGAUAAUCUUCAAAAAAAAAAGAUUAAUUAACAAUAGCACAUUACCGAUACUUCUGUAUAUUUAAGAAUGUAUUAAUAAUAUGAAAUAAUGUGUUAAAAUGAAUAAACAAGUGGAAAAAAUGCGAUUAAUAAAUUUAAUUAAAUGGAUGAGAUUAAUUUCCUUUACUGAAAUCCGUCAUCUUUAUCAUC